AUGGCGCCCAUCACUGCGACCGUAUACAAUGCCUUCACCUCACCCUCGGCGCAAGGCAAUCCCGCCGCCGUCAUCGUGCUGGACUCGCCGGACCACCAAAGCGCCGCCGUCCAGGAUGGCCAAGACUUCCCGUGUGCGCUCUUCCCGCCGGACGCACAGCUUCAAUCCAUAGGCACGCAGAUCAACCUGCCCAUGACGGCCUUUGUGCUGCCCCUUCCCGGUGGCAGCUGCGCGGAGUACGCGGUGCGAUGGUUCAAUGCCACCAACGAGGGCCCGCUGUGCGGCCACGCCACGCUCGCCAUGUCCGGCCACCUUUUCAACAUGGUCGCCAGGCCGCCUCCGACAUUCCGGUAUCUGACGCGGUUCCACGGGGUGAUAUCGGCGUCACAGCACCAGAACCCGCUGGGCGAUGGGAAGCUCGUCGGCAUCGAGUUCCCUGAACUGACCAACCUCCCACCCGUGCCCAGGGGCAGCGAGACAUGGGCGCAGUUGAAAAGUCUUUUCGAAGAGGCGACUUCGUCUCGGUGGCAAGGCCCCGGAGAGCCGCUGGGUGUCUACAAGCAGGACCAGUUUCUGCUGAUUGAGUUCAGCCCCGAGCUCGACUUGGCGGGUGUCCAGAUCGAGCCGCAAAACUUGUCUUCCUUGAAAAGCUAUGUGUACAUCUUUCAGAUAUCGGCGCAAUCGUCGGAGCAGAUCCACUCGCGGGUCUUGCAUUCUUUCCCGGGGCACGCCGAUGAGGACAUUGCGACCGGCUCCGCACACCGGGCUAUCAUCCCGCAUGCCUUGGGCAACCCAGAGACGAGGGCGCGACUGGAAAAGUACCAUCCCCAACACGAGGGAGACGCCCUUCGCGUGGCCCAGCAGUCGCGCAAGGGCGGCGAGCUGGUGGUGCAGUGGCUACGCGAGGACAAGAGUGUGAGGAUUAUGGGCCGGGUCGACCCCGUGGGGGCGAAGACGGUCGAGGCGAGCGAGAACUAG